UUUAGCCAAGCGGCGCGUGCGCAGUGACCGCUUCCGCGACGUACCUAGCCAUCUUUCCAGUCAAGCAAAAGUGAUUGUUUUCAGUCUUAGUCUUAUUUAACUGAACUUUUAUUAAUGUCAGAGCCACAGUCCGCGCUGCUGUUACGAAAACAAUUAGCAGAAUUAAAUAAAAACCCAGUAGAAGGGUUUUCUGCAGGCCUCAUAGACGACAAUGACAUAUAUCGGUGGGAAGUACUCAUUAUUGGACCUCCGGAUACAUUAUACGAAGGUGGUUUCUUCAAGGCACAUUUACAGUUUCCAAAAGAAUAUCCACUUAGGCCACCACGAAUGAAAUUUAUAACCGAAAUAUGGCAUCCAAAUAUUGAUAAAAAUGGAGAUGUGUGUAUAUCGAUACUGCAUGAACCUGGUGACGACAAAUGGGGUUACGAGAAAGCAUCCGAGCGGUGGUUACCGGUUCACACAGUCGAAACUAUUCUGAUAAGUGUUAUUAGCAUGCUCGCAGAUCCUAACGAUGAAAGCCCUGCUAAUGUGGAUGCCGCCAAAGAGUGGAGGGAAAGUUAUACGGAAUUUAAAAGAAAGGUGGCGAGGUGCGUGAGAAAAAGCCAAGAAGAGUGUUUGUAGGGGAUGAACAAAUAUACAAAUGGAAAGACUUAUUUAAUUCUGGGAAGCCGUAAGCACUGUAAGAAAGAAACCGAUGCUCAGCAUAAAGCUAACGGACAACAGUGCCACUAAAAGCGGAAUAAGCCUGACCUAUCCUUAUGCAGAGAGAAGAAGACAGAGUGUGUGUGAACGCGAGAGAAGAACUCACGCUGCUCUAUCAUGUUUAUUAAACCACCGCCACCAACAUAUGAUCCAGAUCCAUCGAAAUGGAGAACAUAAAAGAAAUACACACGCAAUUCACCUUUUACAUAAUAAACAGCUAAAGAAAAUUAAUUUACACAUAUACAUAAAGCAAAAAAUCAUCUCUGUAUAAUUACUACCUUAAUAUUAAUAGUUCUUAUAAACUCUUAACUCUCCCCGCCCCUCCUAUGCUCAAGAACUACCCCGAGCCCCUUUGGACCGAACCUUGUAAUUUAAAUAAUAUGUUUACGUUUAUCUCAAUAAUAA